CACGCAUACACACACACACACACCAAAAAAUAAUUUAGCUAAUCCACACACCAGCAUGUUUAGUUCAAAUAAUCGUGAUCUUGUCAGAACCAAAUUCUUCCUCCGGAACUUAAAACACCCAGCCGAUGUUCCCUAACGACCAUCUCUUUAUUUUGGUCCUUCGUGUUUUGCCCGGAUCAGGAAAACGUAGCACACAUAGGCUAGAUCAGGGUGCUAAUCUACAGCCCAAAGGUUGUGCUUUAAAAAGUCAUUCAUAUUUAAAUAUGCUUUAAGUAUAUAUUAAAAUGGCUGAACUGAAUUGUGACAGUUUUUAGCAUCAGUGAUCUGCACAGUGGAGAUAUAGACCACUGAGUAAAUAACCUUACACAGCCUACCUAGGCUACCUGAACAGAGCAGGAAGACAUUUAGACUUCUGCCUAUCAAUCAUGUCGGAGUCUGGACACAGCCAGCCCGGGAUGUACGGACAGGGACGGAGGAGACGCAGACGGAGGGACAGGGAGCCUGGACCUCCUGGACAGAAUCUCUCCGGACCGAGUCGUGAUCGAGACUACGGCCCGCGGGAGCGGAGAGAUGGAAGCGAGGAGCCAUCUGGUCCACUUCUUCAGAAAACUCCCAUCAUUCUGGCCAAACCACCUGGAGAAAGGGCAAAGACGAGUGCUGCUGUCAGCGGUGCCCCAUUAGAGAAGCCGAUUAUGCUGAUAAAAGCCAGAGAUGAAGGAGGCAAACCGGGCACCACACCAGAUGCUGCUCCUCCAAUGUCUGGCUCAGGAGCAGCAAAGCUGGAGAGGGAGGGUCAGCGCCCCACACAGCCUGUGUAUCAGAUCCAGAAUAGAGGAAUGGCUUCGGCUGCAUCCACUUGUGCUGUUGAUCCUGUGAUUGGUCAGACGAAGCUCCUCCCCCCUGAGAGAAUGAAGCACAGCAUUAAACUAGUGGAUGACCAGAUGAGUUGGUGCGACAGUGCUAUGGAGUAUCUACGAGACCAGACUGACAUGCUGGUUGUGGGAGUUAUUGGGCUCCAGGGGAUGGGAAAGUCCACCAUCAUGUCUCUCCUCUCAGCCAACAUGCCUGAAGAAGACCAAAGGGCGUACGUGUUCAAGGCCCAGACGCAGGAGAUCAAGGAGAGAGGGGGCAACCAGACCACUGGAAUCGACUUCUAUAUUACACAAGAGAGAGUGAUCUUCCUGGACACACAGCCAAUUUUGAGUCCUUCGAUCUUAGAUCAUCUCAUCAAUAAUGACCGCAAGCUGCCGCCUGAGUAUAACCUGCCACACACGUAUGUGGAGAUGCAGUCUCUCCAGAUAGCUGCUUUUCUCUUCACUGUGUGCCAUGUUGUAAUCGCAGUUCAGGACUGGUUCACAGACAUCAACCUCUACAGGUUUCUACAAACCGCUGAGAUGCUGAAGCCUUCGACUCCAUCUGCCAGCCACGACAGCGUUGGUUCAUCAGGACCAGAUGACGGCUCAGAGUACUAUCCUCACCUCAUUUUCUUGCAGAACAAAGCAAGAAGGGAGGAUUUUUGUCCCCGAAACCUGAAAGAUAUGCACAUGGUUGUGGACAAACUGAUGGCUCACUCCCACCUGAAAUAUAAAGGCAUGCUGUCCAUGUUGGACUGUAAUAUUUUCCCUGGUCUGGGUCGGGACUACCUUGAAAAUGAAGUCAAUCUCUUCCUUUUGCCAAUUUUGGAGAAUGAUGGAGAUGAAGUUUUGACAAGAGCAGGAUCUGGAUCUGCUCCUCUUUUCUCUCUGCUGCCUGGCUACAAAGGCCACCCAAGCUUUUCCUCGCUGGUGUCCAAACUGCGUAGCCAAGUCCUGGCCAUGCCACGCAAUCAACUCUCCCACACCAUCCUCACUGAGAAAAACUGGUUCCACUAUGCUGCCAGAAUUUGGGAUGGGGUAAAGAAAUCCUCAGCACUAUCCGAAUACAGCCGCUUACUCUCCUAAACCAGACAGGACACACAUCUGGAAAUGGCAGCUGUGAAGAAAGUCCCUCAGUUUCACAUGCACUUAAACUUGUCAACACUGUUAUCUCUUGAUAGACAGUGGGUCUGAGGUUAUGUCCUCCAUGAGCAACUAGAACAGGGCUGACUUCACUGGAACACUUGAUGUUCAGACACACUCUGCUGUAGCAUAAAUAGGGAUCAACAAUAAGAAUUUUGGAUCUUCUUGCAAGGGAUCUUCUGUGUAGGAUUUGAUCCAUCAGUUGCAGUCUACAUCAGAGGUUCAGGGCACAGAGAUGAGCUCUGAAAAGCACAAAUGUUUUUUUUCUCCCUUCCUCUUAAUUUUCUCUCAUGCCCUCACUUACAUGAACUGCUCUAACCUGAUCCAGGUCAUGGUGGUUCCCCACCCUGGAUGGGUGGACUGGACACCUUACACACACUAUACUGCAUUUUAUCUUGGUCGAUCCGCCUACUUGGCAUCAUGGGAGGAAAUGGGAGAACCUUGAAAAAACCUAUACAGACACAAGAACAAGCGAGAAUAUGUCCAGAAACACCAGACAGACAGUAACUCGAGCUCAGGAUCAGACUACCAGCCCCUGGAGCUGUGAGGUAUAGGGCUACUCGCUGUGCUAUGUCACCUAUUUAUUCGCUGCAAAUGAACAAAUUUAAAAUGUAGGUUGUACAAUUAGUUUGUAUGGAACAAAGAAUGUAUGUUUAAUAAAACAUCACAAAAGUUGAACAAA